AUGGGUGACGGAAUUGCCAAGAAGCGGAAGCGCAAUGGCGCGGAAGCUGUUGCCAAUGCCACCGCCUCUUCGAAAAAGUCAAAGAAGGUCAAGAACCCACCGCCACAGAUCGAGCCUGAGGAGGACGAGAGUGAAAGCGGAGACAAUGAGAGUUUGAGCGAGGAGCAGAACGAACAACAGGACGAGGAGAACAGCGAGGAUGCAGAGGAAGGCCCCAUCGCUGAGGAUGCAGAAGACGAAGAUGCCGACGACACAGUUGGAGAUCUUCCAACCGACGGCGCUCCUAUACUGGCCCCGACUGCUGAGUCGGAUAUGUUUGACCAAUUGAAGCUGUCGGAGAAGACGAUGAAGGCCAUCACAGAAAUGGGCUUCACCAAGAUGACUGCCAUCCAGAGGACUGCUAUCCCACCGCUGCUGGCAGGCAAGGAUGUUCUUGGUGCGGCCAAGACCGGUUCGGGCAAAACACUUGCUUUCCUUAUCCCCGCGAUCGAGAUCCUCAGCGCUCUACGAUUCAAGCCCAGAAACGGCACUGGCGUCAUUGUGGUCUCGCCUACUCGAGAAUUAGCCCUUCAAAUUUUCGGUGUCGCUCGCGAGCUUAUGCAACAUCACUCUCAGACGUAUGGUAUUGUUAUUGGAGGUGCCAAUAGAAAGGCAGAAGCAGAGAAGCUGUCCAAAGGCGUCAACCUGCUGAUUGCCACUCCUGGUCGGCUCCUCGAUCAUUUAUUAAACACGCCAUUUGUGUUCAAGAACCUCAAGUCCCUCGUUAUCGACGAAGCAGACCGCAUCUUGGAAGUUGGUUUUGAGGACGAGAUUCGCCAAAUCGUCAAGGUGUUAUCCAAUGACGACCGACAGACUAUGCUGUUCUCAGCCACACAAACCACCAAAGUUGAGGAUCUUGCAAGGAUAUCACUGCGACCCGGCCCUCUGUAUAUCAAUGUCGACGAAGAGACGCAGUUCAGCACUGUGGACGGGCUUGAACAAGGCUAUGUCCUUUGCGAUGCCGACAAGCGAUUCAUCUUGCUCUUCUCAUUCCUGAUGAGAAUGAAGGAAAAGAAGAAGAAGGUGAUUGUGUUCUUCAGUAGCUGCAACUCGGUCAAGUACUACUCGGAGCUCCUCAACUACAUCGAUUGCCCGGUGCUAGAUCUUCACGGCAAGCAGAAGCAGCAAAAGCGGACAAAUACUUUUUUCGAAUUUAGCAAUGCCGAGCAUGGUAUUCUAAUUUGCACUGAUGUUGCUGCUCGUGGACUCGACAUCCCUGCCGUAGAUUUCAUUGUGCAAUUCGACCCCCCGGAUAACACGCGCGACUACAUUCACCGUGUCGGCCGUACAGCUCGUGGUGCCAAUACAAAGGGUCGGAGUCUGUUGUUCCUCCAACCCAACGAGGUUGGAUUCCUGUCACACCUCAAGACUGCCCGCGUGCCUGUCGUCGAAUUUGAAUUUCCUGCAAAACAUAUCAAGAAUGUGCAAUCCAAUCUGGAGAGGCUGAUUGGAAAGAACUACUACCUGCAACAGAGCGCCAAGGAGGCGUUCAAGUCAUACCUGCACGCCUAUGGGUCGCACAGCCUGCGAUCGGUAUAUGACGUGCAGAAGUUGGACUUGGUGCGCGUGGCCAAGAGCUUUGGUUUCGCAACCCCGCCUCGCGUCGACAUCAACCUAGGACAGUCAAUGAGCAGGAACAAGGUGCAGGGCAGAAGAUCAUAUGGUAGCCAGCCUCGCCAGCCAGUCCGACAAGGCGGCCGCAGAUGA